AAACAAGCAUUCACCUUCAGAGACAUUUACCGCUUUCUAGUCCAAUACUUUUCUCGAUACAACAAUGGCACGCACCAACAUCAGCCGAGCAAAGAAGGCAGGAAACAACCGAAACCAACGCACCAACAAGUCAGCAAAAAACAACGCCUGGCCGCCGUCGAGUAUCGUAAUACUAAUCCUCAUCAUUCUCGGUCUUCUCUACCUGGCCAUCGGUAUACACUGGCUCUACUUUUCUAAGGCUGCCCGGGCAACCUACUCUCCUGGCAGCGCGGCAUGAUCCCGCGGCAUAAGCGCAGCAUGCUCCCCAUCGCUAGGGGCGCGUACAACUGAUGAAACUGGGCGAGCUGGAACUCUGGUACUUCAGAUAUCCAAACUCGCAGUGAUCAAUGGAAGGGAG